AUGGGGAAGCAUGGGCUCUUGGAGAAACCUGAUUCAAGACCCUUAAUUGACUUCUUGGUGCGUCAAUGCACCCUGCCCCUCGACAGCACGGAGGCAGCAGACUGGAGGCACACCAUGGAGCUCGAGGUCCACCAGCUCUGCUCCAGCACCCUGCAGUCCCUGGGUUUUAUGGCCUGGGCUGCUCCUUCAACUGAGCCCAGCAGCCUAUGGGCCAGCCCUGCCUCUCCUCCUGCAGACCUCGGUCGGGGUGGUAAAGAGGAUGCAGGAGGAAGGCAGGCUGCCCUUGGCCAGGAUGUGCAGCAAGGAGAACAGAGGGUGUCGGUCAAGCCCCAGGGCCACUCUACCCCAGGAGCUGCUGGCUCGGCUGCUGAUCACAAGACCUGCUUCUGCCAGAGGGAGUGGGAGCAGCAGCUGCUGCAGUUCCUGGAAGACCUUCUCUUCCUCAUCUCGGACCAUACCUGGCUGGGCUAUUUCAUCACUAGUAUCAGGCACCAGCUGGCCCACAGCGAUAAGCGGCCCAGUGACAAGAGCUUUCUCUACAAGUGCUGGGGCACCGUGCUGAUGUUAUUUCCAGAAGAGAGCAUCAAGCCCCAGCUAUGGCGUCUGGUGGAGAUGGUCAAUUUCCGAGAAGAAGAGGAAAGAGAGGGAUUCGCCCGAGCACUUGGGCUGUGUGCCAGGAAACACCUGUAUGAGAUUUUUGCCAUCCUGGAGCACUGGGAAGAGGUCGUCAGCAGGGUGCAGCUCCAGCCUUCUGCUGCUGGCUCUCUGGAGGAGCCAGCUUCCAUCGAGCAGCUGAGAAGCCUCCUACUCCUCACCUAUGGGCACGUGGUCCACUCAGUCCCCACAGACCUCAUCCUAGAGACCAUAGGCUACAAGAUCCUGUCUCCCAUGCGAAAACACUAUUUUCUGAGCCCACAUGACCCGCUGGUAAGAUCUGCGUUUGUGAGAAGCCUCGUGCUGGUGGGUGAAGCUGUCACCCAAGUGAGCAGGAUUCCCUUGGUGAGCCAGGACACAUACACCGUGCUGUCCCCCCUGCUGGUGAGUGAGCAUGCUGGGGUCCUGGGAGGGGUCCGUAGGUCAGAUGCACAUGCCAGAGUAGCCAGCGUUGAAGGCCAUGUGCUGUGUUUGCGACCAGGUGCCCAGGGCUCUACAUUGGGCACUGCAAAGCCAGUGCUGAUGCAAGAUUCUUCUGGUGCGAUUCCAGCCCAAGGAAUUAGAUGA